UAAGCGGCAACCCCGGCGGCAACUGUUUGUGUUCGUAAUUUAUUUUCGAAAAGAAUUACAAUUUGAUAUCUAUCGUUGUAUGUUGAAGUUUAGGUGACAUGCCAUCGAUUAGGUGAUACCAGAAGCAUUUGUUUCAUGUUCUGUCAUAGACCGAUUUUUGUUUCUCUCUCCUUAUAACAUGGAAACGUAUACCACCCACCUCCAAGCAAUCGCCACCCUAACCUUAUAAAAAAUAGUAAAUAAAUAUUGUCAUCAACUGGAAAGAUCCCCAGUUGGGGCUACAGCAAGCAAGCAACUUCAUUACCAACCCUUUUCUUAAUGUUCAUACAAAAUGUCAUCUGCAGAAAAAAAUGACCAAUGCGCUGCAGGAACUUCGGAAUGCGUGACACAUCAUACUGAGGAUGAACGCAUGAGUGUGAGUGAAGAUGAUGACCCUGCUUCUGGGAGGAUAGAAGUUGACAAGUCCCCUGUUAAAGGGACUAGGGUUGACGAUGGGAAAGGGUUUUCCAUAUCAGACCUUAGAGAUGGUAAUGGUGACUGGGGGCCACCUCCACUUCCUACCGUUCACCCAUCUGCAAAUCACACUGUUCUUUACAAGGUCCCCUGGAAGCCUGGAAACUUACCAUAUUCAUACCCUCGUGUACCUUGUGAUCGUUGGGAUCAAGAUCAUGUCCGAAUGCCUAAUUCUUCAGAAAGCUUGUAUCCUGUGCAGGAGACAGGAGAUGAGAAAGGGCUAAGAUUACGAUGGGAGCUUGUCCAAGAAGCUCUUUUACGACCCAUUCAAAACAGCCAUGAGCUUGAAGCUGCCAUUCUCUCUUACAACUCAAGAUAUAAUGAGCGAUGGAAUUUUAGAGCCUUGCACACAUUAUUUGAAGAGGCUCUGGAUAGUGAGGAAAGCGAGUAUUUCUUUCGUGAUGUCUUGCCAGCAAUGGUAGUACUAGCUCUGCAGUUACCAGAACUCAUUACAGGUCCUAUACCGCUCCUAAAAAAACACAAAAAUCAUACCAUCAGUCUUAGCCAAGCUCAAAUAGCCUCUAUUUUAGCAAAUGCUUUCUUUUGUACCUUUCCACGAAGAAAUUCCACCAAAAGAGGAUCAGAAUAUGCAGCUUAUCCAGAUAUUAAUUUUAACAGGUUAUUUCAGUGUGGUGACAACAGUGACUCAAACAGUGUGCUAGAAAAAUUGAAAUGUAUUUUAAAUUAUUUCCGAAGAAUAUGUCUAACAGAUGCUUCGGACCAUGAAGGUGUUGUUACCUUCUCAAGGCGAUAUAUCUCUCCUGGAUCUUUUCCAAACUGGGGCCAAAGCACCAAACCGUUGCCUAAAAUGCACAUUACAAGUCAUGGUUUUAUAGAGGAUGAAGGAUCUGGUAUGCUUCAGGUGGACUUUGCCAAUAAGUUUGUUGGAGGUGGUGUUCUUGGAUGGGGUUGUGUGCAGGAGGAAAUACGCUUUGUUAUCUGUCCUGAGUUAAUUGUUAGCCGUCUUUUUACUGAGUGCUUAGAUGCAACAGAAGCCCUUAUAAUUGUUGGUUGUGAGCGCUUCAGUAAAUAUGCUGGUUAUGGGCAUUCAUUUGAAUGGGUUAGUGACUUCAAAGAUGAUACACCGUUGGAUUCUUAUGGACGCAGGCAUUGCUCUAUUGUUGCUAUGGAUGCCCUUUGCUUCAGCAAACCAUCGAGCCAAUUUUUUUUACCAAACUUGGUUAGAGAAGUUAACAAGGCUUAUGUUGGUUUCUGUGAAACUGAAGACCAUGGUGACAACAAGCUAGCUCCUGUUGCUACUGGUAAUUGGGGCUGUGGUGCUUUUCGAGGGGAUGCAAAUGUGAAAGCUUUACUACAGUUAGUGGCUGCAGGAGAGUCUGGGCGGGCUGUUGUGUACUUCACCUUUGGUGAUAAAAAUUUACGGGAUCGUAUUUAUGGAAUGUACAAAUUUUUGAUGGAUAAUGAUGUUAAUGUUGGUAAACUCUGGACUUUGCUUACCAAGUACAGCAGACUCGUUGCUCAGACUAUCACCGACAAUGUCCCAGAUCUGUAUGAUUAUCUUUAUUCUUCAGUCUUAAAGGAUCCUGAUGAUAAAGUUUCUUGUUCUGCGCUCUCUCUUAAACCCUCAGAGUUCGUGAAACGUAAAAGUCGAUCACAACCUUCAACACCAGAUGGAGCAUCUGGUAGUAAUUGCGCUGGUACUGAUUUGACUGCACAUGAUUUGGAUUCUCUCAUUGAAGACUUUGAUUCUGAUGAAGAGCAAGGUGGUGAAAUGGAUGAAUCAAAAGUAGUAAAGAGAGUAUCUCUUCAGACUCCUAGCAGCAGCUCAUGUCUCAGCAUGAUUGAGGAAAGCUUAGACAAAGGAAAUUUUAUAGGUAGAAGAUCAGAGCAAAAGUGUACCACUCCACUAAAGAUUUGUGAAAGUAGCUCAAAGAGUAAAAGUGGACUCAAAUCAGGAAUAACAACUGAGGACCUUCAACAAACAUCUACUUCUUUGAAAUCUAGUGAAGGUGGCAGUGCAUUUCAAAGGGACAGUCCUGUCCCAGAUUCAACAGAUGUCGAAAUGGAUGUAUCAGAAAGUAACUGUGUGGUUAGUGAUAGUUCAGUCAAAAAGUCAGAGGGUACAAGUUCAGGUUUAAAGAGGACUCCUGCACCAAAGAGAAAAAUAUCGGAUUAUUUUAGUCCUGUAUGAAUCAGAGAAGAAAGAUGUCAGCAGGGCUGAUGGACUUAAGGUUUUAGAUGAGGAUACAUGAAGUGAUUCUACA